AUGUCAGGAGUAAAAAGCAUUUUACUUACUCUCCCCUCCGUGAGCGAACAAAAAAAAUUUUAUUUGUUCACGGAGGGGUAUUUUUUUUAAAGUUUAUUUAUAAAUUUUAUCGAAAUUUAAUUUUUUCAUAAAUUCCAAUAUGUAAAAUUUAAACAAAAAUUAAUUUAGUUUGCGAAAUUUAUAUGUUAAAACGCAAGAUAUUUAAAAUUAAUUAGAAUUAGCUAGAGUAAUUAUCAUUUUAUAUAUCAAUUUUUUUUUUCAUAAAAAAUUUUUUAUUAAAAAACGUUUUGUUCGCUCACUAAAGGUGGGUUUUUGGGCAAAAAUUAAGGAUUUUGUUCACUCACGGAGGGGGGAGUUAUGAUCUUUUGCUAUGUCGAGGUUAAUGGUGGCUACUUGUACCCUGAACAAAUUCACAUUUCUUGAACAGAAAAUUCCAAUGAAAUGAGAGCUACAUGAGUUACCUAUUUAGAAAGCCAACCAAUAGCAGCAUACUCCUCAAUUUCAUUAAAAGGCUCAUCACAAGAUUGAACUUUUGUAGUAGGAGAAACUAGCUCUCCCCCUUUAGAAGCAAGCAAAAUUGUUUUGCUCGUCCAUAAAAGGGGUAAUUUUUUAAACUAAUCUGAUAUGAAAAUUAUAUAUAAAUGUUUUUUUUCCAAAUUUAAAAAAUUCAAAUUGUAAUAUAUUUUAAAUUACAAAUUAUUUAAUUUAUGAAUAGCUAAAUUUAUAGAAUUAGCUAGAGACUCGCUAUAGGAAUUAUUAAUUUCAUAUAUAAAAUAUUUUGCAUUUUGCUCGUAAGGUGGUUAAUUUUCCAAAAAAAGAACUGAUUUUUUCAAUUGCUUAAUCACUCUCAAAGUUAGUAAGCCAUUCCUUGAAAGUAACACAGGUGAUUCAAUAAAACUGCACUAUUUUGGUAUAAUCGGUAUCGUCCCCGUGAUUAUUUACUUCUUCUUAUGAUUUCAUUAUAACUUAGCUUUGCUUUUUUGAUCGUUUAUUUUUUCAGCUAUUUAUACUCAUUUAAUUCCCACAGAAAAUAAGAUCGCGGAAGAGUUUAUAUAUAUUUUUAACGAAGGACUAUAUGGAAUAGACUUUUAUGGGAUAUUAAAUAUUGUUAUAGAUGCCACACUUUCUGGAGAAUUAAAUUUUGGCUUUGGAGAGAGAUAUCAAUAUGUGCAUACAGCUGUGUUUUAUGACUUAUCCCCUGACACUUGAUAUGAAUAUAAAGUAGGUAAUUUAGGGUUUUGAAGUAAAAAAUAUGUAUUUUAUGGCAGAACCCCAGAUAGUGAAAAUAAUUUUGAAGAUGUCAAUGACCCAUACACUAUGAUUAUUUUUGGCGAUUUAGGGACUGGCCCAAUUGCCCAGCCGACAAAAAAGCUUUUAGAGAAGGAAGCUUUAGAGGGAAACUCCUUGGGAAUUUUUCAUUUAGGAGAUAUUGCUUAUAAUUUAGAUGUAAAUAAAAUAGCGUCUCUGCCCAGGCAUUGCCUCCUGGUCGAGCACAUUUUUAUUUAUAUCGGCAAGGUUUUGCUACCCAGAAAUUGAGAGCGAGGCAAGGUAAGUAAUUCUAGUAAUAUAAAGUCUAGCCCUAGUCCAUUUUCAGGAUUGGAUUUUCCUCGAGUGAAAAGGUUGGCUCAGAGUUGGAAAGGAAAAGCCCAGCAUCGUCUGCAGGCAUCCCUAGGCCAAUUUGGCGUAUUCCUAGCGUGAAACUGGGAGUUAUACCCUAAGCUUUGAAUUUUUCCUUGUUGUCGAAAGUUGGGCAUAAAUUCAAUUUUUUGGAAUUUUCGUGCGGACAGGGUUGCGUGUGUAAAAAAACAAGGGUCAUUGUUUUUUACUGCAGUUUCUGCGCAAAAAACAAAAAAAAAUUGUUUUUUAACGCAAAAAAAGCAGAAAAAACACAUAUAAAAGAUAUGCAAACAAAAAAAAAGUUGUACAAAAAAUUUCAUAUAAAAUUUUAAAAUUACCUGAAAAAAAAAACACCCAAAAAAAAGUAUGUAAACAAUCUGAUGAAAAAACAAAUUGAAAUUUUUUUUGCUGGGAAAAACAAAAUCAUUAGAAAUUUGCUAGAAAAAAACAAAAUGUUCCAUUUAAGUUAAUUUCACCUGCGCCGAAAAAAAACAAAAAUUCAAAUCACUGAAAGAGUAAUCCUUUUAUUGAAACAAUACAAAAUAGAUAAAAUUAUGAAUUCAAUAGGAUUAUUUAUUAGAGGAUACCAAGCCUGCUCAUGCAUAGUUGCAGUGUGAAUAAUUUUUGAUAGAUAAUAAAUACAUGAUUGUUUUUAUAAUUAUAAAUUAAAUGGCAGGCCUUCUUAAAUUCGCGGCAAAAUUGAUAGGGUGUGAUUUGAAAUAUUGAUCAAGAAAAUCAUGUCGCAGACAAUUGCAUGAUGACAAUUAUUAAAAAUCCAGAGUUUUUAUCAUCCUUUCUCCCUAUAUUAAAAAUCUCAUAUGAGGAUGGCUUGAAACUCUUAGCUGCAUUUAAAUCACUUGUUCAAGGCAAUACGAAGAGUUUUUGUUCUUUUCAAAAACCAAUUUGUGAUAUGUAUUUUUCUAAAAGAAACUGAAUAUGAUAUCUCUGGAUUUUCAGAAGGUUUUAAAUUAGAAGUUAAAGACUAUGAUGAUUUCAAGCACACUCUUAAAACCAUGUUUUUAAUAAAAAAAAGACUAAAAUACGAGUUAGAAGCAAAUCAAAUGCUUACGUUUAUUGAUGCUGCUAUUUUUCUUUUGAUCAUAUAGACAACUCUUUCGAAGAAUUGUGCCCGUUUCUAAUGAAAUGGAAGCUUGAAAAGCACAAAGAAAAUAGUCAGAUUUAUAAUUGCUAUUAUAUAAAUCCUCAUCACAAUCAUCCACAGCUAUCAAAAUCAGAAACAGAGAAUUAUCUGAGCUUUUCUUUGUCACCAAAUAUGAAAGAUGAAAUACGCAGAUUUUAUAGAGCAGGUUUCACAGCUACUCAAAUACAUAGGAGUCUAAAUGCCACUUAUCCAAAUACUGAUAUUUCAAUUCUUAAAAUUAAAAACUUUACUGACUAUGAACUAAAGAAUUAUAAAAAAUUAGUUAAUUUUGAUUUUCUUGUGCAAAAUAAUGAUUGAGGAGACAGAAUUCUAAUUACAGAUAAGAUUAAUGAAAGAAUCUUUGUGAGCACUAACACUAAAAAAGCACAGUGAAUCAAUAUAAAGAUAUAUUGAUAAUUGACAGCACAUAUAAAAUGCACGAUAUCUUUAAUUGUGCUAUCGUGAUUAUUACGAUCAAUUCUUAUGGUGCAAAUCAGUUACUCGCAAUUUCUCUAUGUCGCAAUGAAGCAGAAGCAGACUAUGCCUGGGCGUUUCAACAGUUUAAGAAUCAAGGAUUUUAUAGUCCGGAAACAAUUGUUGUUGAUAGAAACAAAGCUCAAUUUAAUGCUCUAAGUAAAUCCUUCAAGAAAGCAAAUAUCGUUUUUUGUUUAUGGCAUAUUAUUAGAAAUAUUCAAUCUUGACUAAGUGCUGCUGAAAUUCAGUGAGACAAAUUUGCAGCAUAUUUUUAUGAUCUUUAUGAAGCCAAAACUCUUCAAGAAUUCAAGCAAAGAAAAAUUGCACUGCUGAAUACAUUUCCUUUACUUUCUAAUUCUCAGCCAUUUUCAAAUUUAUGCAAACAAAGUAAAAAUUGAGCAAGAUAUUAUACAAAUGCGAUAUUCACUAUUGACAUAAAAACAACAAGUAGAUCUGAAAGUAUGAAUGCAAGUUUAAAGCGUAUAUGCAAAAGGAUUAAGCGGAAUUUUGACGUUAAAAUACUUAUGGCUUUUGAUGAAAUAUUAGAAAAGGAAACUUAUCAUCUUGAAUAUAGGACAAAAAAGCAUUAUGGGAAAAAGAAUUGCUCAUCAAAAUCAAGCUAUGCAUCUUUCUUUUCUCAAUUUUAUACUGAUUUUUGUAUAGCACAUAUUGAAUCUUCCAUUAAUAAAUUAGAGUAUUGCAAAAUAAUACAUCUUGAUAAGCAGAAAUCAAUUAUAGAAGAACAAAAUGAAUUUUCAAGCAACCAAUAUGAUUUAAAUAUCAAAAAAAUAAUUUGCUCUUGCAACAAAUACAUAAGAUAUAAAAUUCCUUGCGCUCAUAUAAUCUAUAUAAAUAAUGUGACAGGGACAGAAUGAAUAAAUUGUAUUGUUAAUCUCACCUCCAGGAGAUGAUUGCUGGAUGAUUAUUUGCAUGUGUCUAAUAGAGAAAUUAUUAAGCAGUUGAGAAGCUCGAUUACAGUUAAGAGAAAGCAUAGCGAAGAUGAAGAAGGAACUAUAAGAAUAAGAUAUUAGAAUAUUUAGAUAUUAAACAUCAAAUAUAAUUUAGAUAUUAAACAUCAAAUAUAAUUUAGAUAUGAUUUAAAUUAUAAUCUCAAGUAUAGGCAAAUCAUAUUUUAUAUUGCUUGAAUUUAUACCUGAAGAAAAUAAAUUGAAUUGUGUUGUUUUUUCGGCGCAGGUGAAAUUAACUUAAAUGGAACAUUUUGUUUUUUCUAACAAAUUUCUAAUGAUUUUGUUUUUUUCAUCAGAUUGUUUACAUACUUUUUUUUGGGUGUUUGUUUUUUCAGGUAAUUUUUAAAAUUUAUAUGAAAUUUUUUGUACAACUUUUUUUUGUUGCAUAUCUUUUAUAUGUGUUUUUUCUGCUUUUUUGCGUUAAAAAACAAUUUUUUUUUUUUUUUGCGCAGAAACUGCAGUAAAAAACAAUGACCCUUGUUUUUUUACACGCAACCCGUGCGGACAGCCUUAGUUUAACCCAAGCAGCAAGACGCAGAAGGCCAUAGCUUUCCUACAGAGCGCCGGAGCCAACAAGUUAAGAGGGAGAUGGAGGCACAGAGCCCUACUUAGCAGGUGAUAUGGUGUCAGGUAGUGCUGAAGAAGAAAGGUGGUGCAAGAACCGGUAAUUCAUCUAACUAGAAGAAGUUCUCCCUGUCGACUCCGCAAAGAGAUUGAACCCCCUGCAGAGAUUCUUGGUGGCUGUGUUAACAAUAGGCAGUAUCCAAACCUGUAAUUUAUGUUUAAAGUUUAAGCUUAUAAUUUAGAUAAAAAAAAUGGGAAAAUUGGAGAUGAAUAUUUAAAUAUGAUUGAGCCUAUAGCAGCAUCAUUGCCUUAUAUGACUGUUCCUGGAAAUCAUGAAAAAUUUUAUAAUUAUACUCAAUAUAAAUCCCGAUUUUAUAUGCCAGUCAAUAAUAAAAAUCAAGGAACUGGGUAUUUCUAUUCAUUAAAUUUAGGUCCAAUUCAUUUUAUUUUUCACAACACUAAUCUUUAUUUCGACGAAAGCACUAAAAUUGAAGCUGAAAUCCAAUUAAAAUGGCUUAUAAACGAUUUAAAUAAGGCAAAUAGAAAUAGAAAGAAAAGACCUUGAAUAAUUGUAAGGCUUUUCACUUUAAUUUUCCAAUAAAAAAAAUUCAAGCCAUUUUCCUAUUAGACAAUUUAGCAUAAAUUAUUAUAAUGUCUCAUCAUCCUCUUUAUUGCUCACAGAAUUGAUUUGAAGAAGGCAGCCAAGAAGACUGCGGAAGUGAGCCUGCAGUUUUAAAACCCAUUCUCGAAGAUUUAUUUUAUAGUAACAGCGUAGAUUUAUUGCUUCAAGCACAUGUUCACAACUAUGAGAGAGCAGCUGCAAUUUAUAAAAAUAAAACAAUUCCUAGCGAACUUGACAAUCAUCAUUGACACAUUAAUCCAAAAGCUCCAAUUUAUAUUGUGAGUGGGAAUGCUGGGAAUCAUUAUGGGAGAAAUGACCCAAAAUCGGCAACGCCACAGCCAUGAUCGAGGUUUUUGAGUGAUGACUAUGGGUUUGGAAGAUUAAAAGCAAUCAAUAAUACUCAUUUGUAUUGGGAACAGGUAAGUGCUUUGACUAAUAAAGAAAUUGAUUAUGCUUGGAUCGUUAAAAAACACCCUAGAUAUGAUCCAAGCUUGUUAGAGUUUUAG